GUAAUUCACUAUAGAUUCAGAUUCAAUGUUAUCUUAGCUUGCAAAUGUUCAUUCAUAGCUUCCUUUUGCACUCAACUCAGUUAAUUUGAAACAGUAGUAGUUCUGCAUUAAAAUAUUUAUAGAUUCCUUAGCCAAAUACAAUGCUUUUUAUAAAUGCUGUAUAAUCGCUCAGCAGCUACGAUUCUUAUUACCUGCGAAUUCUAUGCUGUUGAAUAGCUAGUAUGGCUACAAGCAACUUGGUUGACUACAAACUACAACAGUUAAAAAUACACACGUUUUAACACGCACUAACAAGAAAUACGGGCCAAGUACUUGCCGAGUAAGACAUAGACGACGUAACUGGAGCUCACACACUUCUCGUUUGUCACCAUGUAUAGAGGAAUCAUCUAAAGUUGAUUGCAUGGUAACCAGUUCGCUCAAUGGUUCUCCUGAACGCUUAUCAUCGAAUCCUCCUUCACUAGAAAGUAGUAGCUCGUGCAGUUUAGCCUCUUGUUAUGGGGUAUCAGCUCCGUUUAUCCGCCCCUCCAUGCCUCCUGGUCCACCAACAUCACCUGUCCCGAGCCCGCCACCUACUCCUGUAACACUUGGUGCUGUUGUGGAAGCUCCAACAAAUCCUGUUUCUGAACCUCGACAGCUUGACUCUAUUCCUAACCUUCCAGCCGUACUCCGUAAUCGUUUUAGACGACGUCGAAAUGCUAUUUGUGAAUCCUCUGCUCUUGGACAGGGAUUAAAAGACUUCUUUACUUCUUAUGUGGUUUCUAAUUUAACUGACUCCAUGACAUCAUCACUAAGUUUGGGAUCAUCUUCUGCAUGUCCCGUGUUCAAAUCUUCAUUACAACCGCAUCUUCCAAACACAGUUUCACAUUUGGCCCACAGCGACUGUGUCACAUCACCUGUGUGUUUGAUCGAUAGCGAGUCACAAUCUGAAAGUCUGUGA